AUGCAUACCAUAGAUCGCAUCUCUGAAUCAGGUCGACAAAGUCCGGUUUAUGAACUCAACCUACACGAGACAGCCACGGAUCCUGCUCUGGGGGUUACUCCCUAUGCCACCAACACCAACAAGACACCGCCGUUCAACCAAUGUGUACCCAACCUCGAUCGAGCUCCCGAAUUUGAAGUGAAAUGGGACAGUGGAGAUGUGCAGGACCCUUGCUCAUGGCCUACAUGGUACAAGGCCUUUAUCGUCACUACGGUUAGCCUCGGUGCCACCGUAGUCAGCCUGUUCAGCACUCUUUAUACCUCCGGGAUCCCCGAGCUGUAA